AUGGAUCAUUUCACUGAAAUUUUUGAACGCAAAUUCCUAUUCUUACUAGUUCCUUUCGAGAUUGUGUCAAUUUCAUCAAAAAACGAGGAAACCGAGGAAGUUGGAAGCAGUAUCACCAGGAAAUGUCUCUACUUGUGUCAAGGAAGGUGGCUCAGAAUCAAAUUCAUGUGCGUAUCGUCGCUAAAAACCGGAUCGAGAUCGACCAUCCGACUUGAUUACAUCAAAUUUCAAAGAAAACAACAGCUUAAGAGAAAAGAUCUCGAAAGAAAACCGAGCGAAUGGAAGACGAUGAUGCACCCUGCCAAAAUCUUCGCUCGUUUCCCAGGUAAUGUUAAAAGUGGUGAACUGUCAACGGAUACUGAUGAAGUAAUGCUGAACCCGUUUCUUGAAACAAGCACGAGAACGGCUGUUGUUGACCGAACUUUAGAGGGCAAGGGAAGUUUACCGUCAAAUGGAAAAUUGUUCAGAUCAAAUGGAGAGCCAUUUUGGAUUGCCGAGCAAAGAGAAAAGGAAGCACCGACGCUUCAUGAUUUCCCAAUGAGCCCGGAAGCAACGCCAAUCACUUUGUUGGAAGACAUUAAAGCAAUGGUUACUUUCGCU